AUGCCAGCAGACUUGACCAUGUCCACGGUACAGUACGCCGUCGCCGGCGCGGCCAUCGCCUCCGCCACCCUCGCCAUCGUCGCCUACCGCGACUACAGCGCCUACUGCGCCCUCGGCGACCACGGCCUGCCCGCCAACUUCUCGGGCUGGUGCACGCAGCUCAAGUUCACGCGCAACAGCCGCAAGGACACCACCGUGCCCGCGCCCUACGACCUCGCCGCCGCCGCCGCCGCCGCCGGCCCUCGCUCGACCGAGUCCUUCCUCCUGCCGGCGGGCGGCAGCCUCCCGCCGCGCGACGGCGCCCGGCCGCGCAUACCGGGCUUCACCGCGCCGCAGCGCCAAGUCACCGACACGGCCUCGCCGGCCAUGAAGGCGCGCAUGUACGCCCACCUCGAGGCCCUGACCAAGGCCAACGCCAAGCUGCUGCAGUACGAGCUGUCGACGCUCGAGGGUCCCGUCCCGGCCCUCCAGCUGCACAAGGACCAGGCCGCCGCACGGCCGAAGCACCUGCACCGGACGCGCGGGGAGCUUGCCCACAUUCACCCGCCGGACGGCAGCACGCACCUCGUCCUGUCGCUGGCCGACUCGCGGCGCAUCAUCGAGACGGGCUGGGGCCAGAGACACCGGCUCAGCGGCACCAUGCUGGGCUGGGGCUACACGCUCUUCUACGCGCCCCGGAAUGAGGACGAGUUCCAGCUGUGGAAGAGCGUUGUGGCGGCGGCGGCCAAGUAUGCCUGCGCGGACCUCGGCCAAGUCCAGUUAGUUUGA